AUGAUAUCAGGGGACGGCCAUGAGCACGUCGGCUCUCAUGCUCCACUGCUCUCCUCGGGUGAUCCAAGUGCCGAUUCCUUUCUUGAUAACGGAGACGAUAUCUUGCCCGUGCCGACCUCGGAUGGGUGGUUCAUAUGGUUCCUUACAUUCUCAGCCGGGAUAAGUGGACUUCUGUUUGGCUACGAUACCGGCGUCAUAUCUUCCACUUUGGUGACGAUUGGCUCAGACCUUUCGCAUCGACCACUGUCGACGCUUGAUGAAAGCCUCAUUACUUCCAGCACUAGCUUCUUCGCACUGAUUGCGAGUCCUUUCACUGGUAUUCUUGCGGACAGGUGGGGUCGUCGCCGCGUGAUCCUAGUGGCUGACGGUCUUUUUGCUUUGGGGGCCCUAGUCCAGACCUUCACAAGCCAUGUAUGGAUCAUGAUUAUUGGACGUAGCAUAGUCGGACUUGCGAUUGGCAGCGCGAGCGCUAUAACUCCCCUGUAUAUCGCAGAGGUAGCGCCCUCGCAUGCCCGGGGUCGAUUGGUCACAAUCCUUAGCCUGUUGAUUACAGGUGGUCAGGUUGUUGCAUACGUUGUCGGGUGGCUGUUUUCCCAUGCUGUCGGCGGCUGGCGUUGGAUUGUGGGCCUUGGAGCCCUGCCUGCGUUUCUUCAAUUUGCGGUCCUCGGUUUCUUGCCGGAGACACCACGGUGGCUUAUACAAGCUGGCUUGGAUGACCAGGCAGUCAGCGUCCUGAAGCGCAUUUACCAAACCUCACAGGGACGUGAUCGUGUAGUCCAUCAAGUACUACGGGAUAUACGCAGUGAAAUUGCUCAAGAAAGAGUGGACAUAGACGGCACGAAACCGCCUGGCAUUUCUGCCCAGUGGAUGCGCGAUACCUCUCACCGUUUAAAAACACUUUUCCGAGGGGGCAAUCGGAGGGCUCUAACAAUUGCCAUGAUGCUUCAAGCGGCCCAGCAGCUGUGCGGGUUUAACAGCCUGAUGUACUUUUCGGGAAUCAUCUUCUCGGCUCUUUCGUUCUCCUCGCCAACUCUGACUUCACUCACAAUCGCGGGCACUAAUUUUCUCUUCACACUGGUUGCAUUCGUAUAUAUUGAUAGAAUUGGCCGCCGUCGCAUCCUGUUGUAUUCGAUACCUGUGAUGAUAGUCGCGCUGGGACUUUGUGCGCUGGCAUUCUCUUCCUUGGAUAUUUCCUUCAGCCCCGAAACAGAUGGUCCAAAGGGUCAGGAAAGUGGCAAUCGUCUUUAUCCCUUUCUCAUCUUGCUGAGUCUGAUAAUCUAUGUUGCCGCCUAUGCUUUUGGACUAGGAAAUGUGCCCUGGCAACAGGCAGAGUUGUUCCCCUUGAACGUACGGUCAUUGGGAUCUGGGUUAGCCACGGCAACCAACUGGGGAUCCAACUUCAUAGUCGGCCUGACAUUUUUGCCAAUGAUGGAAUGGAUGACACCUACAUGGACAUUCACUGUUUAUGCAGGGAUCUGUGCAGUGGGGUGGGUGGCCAUACGAGCGAUCUAUCCAGAAAUGAGUGGCUUGGGGCUGGAAGAAGUGAAGGGAUUGUUGGCUGAUGGCUGGGGAGUGAAGGAAAGCCUGCGCCGAAGAGAGGGGACUCGUGAGGAAAUAUCGACUUAG